UAGUUUUAACAUUAAACAUUCUUGAAUUCAUUAAAAAUGGAUUUUAUUGAUCUAAAAAAAUUGAGUGAAAUGCUUGUACCAAAAAAUGAUUCUUCAGAUAGUGAAGAUGAUCUUCCAAGAACAUCUUUAAUUCAACUUUGUAAAUCUAAAACUGGAAAUGAUACAAAGAUUGUGACUAAUGAGUCUAUAAAAAAAGAAGAAAAUAACAAGAAAAUCGAGGUGUUGCAGUCGGAAGAAGAGAAAGCUAAAGAUAUUUGGCAUGUGGACGAAGUGAUAGUGGUUCCGGAAGCAUUAGACGUGGUUUCAGAUACUAGGAUUAGACCGGAAUACGAUGUCAAGUAUCAACAGUACGUUGGUACGGAAGAUGUGUUUCUACAGGUGGGACCGAAGACUCCAUUGACUUCUAGCUGUGAGGCAAUGGUGAUUGAUGUUAAAAUGCCGGGUGAUAGUAUACAGGAUAUUUGUACGGACGUUACAGGCGACGCGGUGGACGUCCGCAGUCCUAAGUACAGGUUGCACGUACCGUUCCCACAUAACGUGCAUAAACAGAUGUCAAAGGCUUUGUGGAAUGCGUCUUCGAGCACGCUCACAGUCACUGUAUUCCUGAAACGUGAAUUUGAUGAUAUAAAUUUUUGACUUGCAGCAUUUCGACUGUUACAUGAUGCACAUUUCAAUGACAUGCAAUUCUACGCCAUAUUUCUACGUCGAAACAAUAGAACUAAUUCUGAUGCGACAUUAUUGCAUUUAAACGGGGUUAAAUAUGUUGUGAUUAUUAAAACGCACUAAGUGUAUUGUCGUUAUUGUUAAGUACUCGGUAAUAUUGCAUUUAAAUUACAUAUUGAGUACGUUCACGGGGUUUAUGGGGUCUCAGAUAUCCGAAAGACAUUUUUAUGAUUUUUUUUUUACAUAAUUCAAUGGUUUUGCGAACCUAAUAGUUGUAAAACCGAAACGCUUAUUUUUCAUGCACUUUAUUGAAGCGUGUUAAUUAAUAUUUAAGCACAUAACCAUUGAAGUUAUUAAUUUUUAAUAAUUAAUGUGAUUAGUGUUGAUUUAUGUUGUUGACACAAAUUUUUCACAAAAAAUACCUCACGGACGUGAAGGUGUCGUGAAUCCGGAAGAGCAAUUAAAAAAGUGUUUUGGUUUUUGCCGAUUAAUUUAGGUUAGGUUAUCACUUUAAAGUUUUGUAAACGGUAUUCAACGAAUAUAAUAUGUGUACAGCAAUGCAACGUGUACAUUAAUUAUCAAAAACGUAAUACAUUUGGUGAGAACAUAUUUUAUACGCGUUACUCGUUGUAAACUCAAUGUUCACGGAUAUGGACAACAUUAAUGAUGUAAUAUAUGAUACGUUUAAUACGA